GUGUUGUGCUGUUUUAUGUGUUGUUUUAUGUAUCUAUAUAUAUUGUAGAUAUAUAUUUCCAUUUAUUCACUUGAACAUACUGUAUAUCUGUUCAUUUCACAGCGUUGCACAUAAUCACUGUGUUCUCAUAACUGUGUGUUUAUCUACAGUACUGCUUGACUUCUUCCAUUGUUUUAUCCAGCUAGGGGCUGGCACUAGGCUGCGGCCUGUUUUCUUUCACUGUGUAGACGGCAGAUAUAAACUGUAUGAAUUUUAAGGGCAAGGCACUUUUUCGGGGGGGCAUCUCGUGGUGCUGGGGCAGAUGUUUCCUGGUCGACCAGCUUUUAAUUACUCUUUCCUUAAUAACUGUGUAUAUCUUAUUUGAUUAUUGCUUUCUUUUUGUUCCUGAAUUGUGUUGCCAUCUCCUGUUCGUUAAGAGAAUAAAAGAGAAUGAAAGAACCUGUAAAAAGAAAAACUAUUUAUCACUAUUUAUCAUUUGUCCUUUUUGUCCUCCUGUAGGUGAGGGUCUUCAAGUCACAGUACAAAUAAACAACCGGUCAACGUUUGCAGUGAUGGUCAACUACAUAUUGCAGAGAGAGCAAAGUCGUAUUUGCCCCAACGGCAAGACUACGGGCGUAUUUCCUCUCCUUAAGAUGAAUGCCAAGCCUGUUCGCAGCCACAGCAAAGAGACUAUCACCAAAGUGAUCACCAUCCCGAGAGGAAUACCUCCCACCAUCUCAUUUGGGUCACCCAUCGGAAUUCUUUACAAGUUGAAGGUCUGUCUGGAUAUCAGUGGGUCAAGCUUCAUGUACCUUCAAAUGCCAAUAAUUGUCCUAUCUAACAGUCGAUAUUCUGGCAAACAACAACAUCAACAACAGUUACUGGAUGACUUAAUUUGUGUAGUUGCUGAAUAUCCAAACCAGCAAAGUCAGAGGCCUGGAAAACGACCGCCAAAACCACGAUCUAUAGACGUCCCUGUUAACUACUAAGCCAGGGGUGUCGAAACUUUUUGCAAAUCGGCCAGAUUUGGCGUGGUAAAAAUGUGGGGGGCCGACCUUGGCUGACGUCGUUUACGUAGAACAAUAUAUUUAAAAUUUCGCUCGCCAUUCAGUGUGUCACAUUUGCUUUAUUAUUUUUUAAUGAAUAAUUUCAAGAAUUUCGCAACUAGCCUUUGUGGCGUUCUCUUUCGCCUCUCGGGCUCUUGCAAAAUACUACUGCUGUGAAAUCAAACUAGCUUCAAGUUGCUUCAAUUUCUCGCUGCGUAUCUUUCCUGUAAUCUUGUCGUACAUGUCGGCGUGUCUUGUUUGGUAAUAUCGCCUCACAUUGAAAUCUUUAAAAACAGCGACUGUCUCUUUACAAAUGAGGCAAGACACAGUUGUUGCGUAUUUUAGUGAAGAAAUACUCCAAUUUCCACCUCAUGUUUUUUUUCUCAUGGAACCUGCAGAUGCAUGUGUUGACUUGCAUCCAUCAUUUUUUUUUUUUUUUUUUCAAAAAGAAACGUCAAAAUUCUUAAUUAGUCUCAAAAUCUUUAAAUUUUAGGUGUAUCAAAUGUGAUACAUUUGGCAAUAAAGGGUUAAAGUGCUGCUGACUUUUAGUGGGUAAAUGAGGAGCAGCAUUUCGUGUGUAAGCUACUUGAAAUGCUGGUUGCAGUACUGCUGACCAAUUUAUUAAGUCUGUGUGUGGGCCAGACGUUAUUGAUUUUAUGACAGAGGCCGGGGGCUGGAUGAAAUUUGACCACGGGCCGCAUUUGGCCCCAGGGCCAGACUUUGGACAUGCCUGUACUAAGCCAAUGAAAAAGGGAAACUAUUGGUUUUGGCGUGCAACGAAUUCACAUGAUGCCAGGAAAAUUAGUCUGAUCUUAUUUAUAAGACAAAGCUAAACUUCCAAAAUUGCUCAUAGGUGGCAAUAGGUUGAUUCACUUACAGUAAGUACAUACAAGCUAACAAACUGCACACUAUGUUUGCAAAGUCUAUAUAUAUACUGUGUAUAUAUAUAUAUAUGUAUAUAUAUAUACAGCAUACACGUAUAUAUUUAUGUGACUAUUUAUGUAAACAUAUUUAUAUUUUUAAUUAUGUGUUGGGGGGGGUUUACGAAUUAAAUGCACUAACAAUGAAAGUUUAUAUUGAAAUUAUAUUAGGUAAAGAAAUACACAAACGCUACUGUACCAAAUAUUAACAAGUCUAAUGUGCUAUUGUAUUUUUUAAUACUGUAUAUACACUGUACAUAAUGCAUUUUGCAUCGUGCUCUGAUAUAAUA